AUGGAACCUGAGGAGGAGGAGGAGGAAGAGGAGGAGGAGGAAGAGGAGAUGGGUAAAGGCUCCGUCCCUGCUCUGGGUUCCUCUCAGUCUCUGGACGGAAGCUACUUCUCCCCCAGCUUGGUGACGGACUGGUUCUGGGGGGUCGUCAGCGAGGCCGUGGAGGAGCUGAGGCGCAGCCCCCAGCGAGGCAUCCCGACCCCUGAGCGACUGGAGAGGAACGGCCCCCUGACCACCAUCGUCCUUCAGGCCGGUUCCAGCCGGGUUCUGUACGACCUCCUGCCCGUGGUGUCGUUCCGGGGCUGGCCCGCGGUGGCCCAGGGCUGGCUGACCGCCAACCACUUCUGGGACGGGAAGAUCACGGAGGAGGAGGCCAUCUCCGGGUUCUACCUGCUGCCCUGCUGCUCCCCCCUGGGGGGCCGGCCCGACAGGGAGUGGAGGCUGGUGUUCUCCCGCAGCGAGGUGCAGCUGAAGAAGUGCAUCCCCCUCCCCAUGGCUCAGGCCUUCCAAGCAGCCAAGGCCGUGCUGGCCCGGAUCCUGGCCCGGCCCCGUGCGGGCCUCAGCCUCUACCACCUGCGCACCCUCCUCUUCUGGGCCUGUGACAGACUCCCGCUCGCCUACUUGUCCUGCCCCGACCCGGACACGCCGGGCCGCCUCCUCCUGGGUCUGCUGGACGACCUGGCUCAUUGCAUCCUGGGUAAAAACUGCCCCAACUACUUCCUGCCGCAGUGCAACAUGCUGGAGCACCUGACCGACAGCCAGGCGCUGCUCGUCGCCAGGAAGCUCGCGCACGUGCGCUCGGACCCCGGCGAGCACCUGCGGGCGGCCGUGGAUCAGGCCCGGCAGGCGGGCCAGCUAAAGGAGCUAACGGCUAACUCCAACGGCUCGCCCGGGCACCCCCCGGCCAACGGCAUCAUCUCGCCCUCGGAGGACCGUCUGGCCCAGCGGCUGCAGCAGCUGGUCACCGAGAACCCCGGCAAGUCCAUAUCGGUCUUCCUCAACCCGGACGACGUCAGCAGGCCGCACUUCCGCAUCGACGACAAGUUCUACUGAGGCCCGCCGGGACGUGAGCUCGUCUUA